UGAACUCCCCUUUAGAAGCUCAAGCAAAAAAAAACCCGUCUGUCGCUGCUGAGUUUACAGUAAAGACGUACUAGUGUAGUUACACAUGGCUUUAAUGUAACUCUAGAAGAUGGUAGUUCAACUUAAGCCAACUUUGAAGCGGAGGAGACAGCGCCUGCUGGUCCGCUAGCUAGCUAGCUAGCCAGCUAGCGUUAGCAUCCAGGAUGAGAGUACAGCCUCUGGAGAAAUGAGAGUUUUGUGAGUGCCUUUGUCCAACACUGUGUUUUACGUUUACACGAUGAAGAACUGCGAGUACCAGCAGAUAGACCCGAGGGCUCUGUCGGUGCUGCCCUCGUCAAACUCGCAGAACCACGCCGAGAACAACGCGCAGCGGUCGGGGAGGAAAUGGGAAGUGUUCCCGGGGAAGAACCGGUUCUUCUGCGACGGCCGGAUCAUCGUGGCCAGACAGAGCGGUGUCCUUCCGCUGACACUGGGCCUGAUUGUUGUCACUUGUGGCCUUUUCUUUGCAUUCGAUUGCCCUUUCCUAGUGGAGCAUCUGACUGUCUUUAUACCUGUGAUCGGUGGGGCUCUUUUCUUGUUCGUGGUCAUCUCCCUGCUGAGAACCAGCUUUACAGACCCAGGCAUCUUACCUAGGGCCACCCCGGAUGAAGCAGCAGACGUCGAGAAGCAGAUAGAUACCUCAGGAUCUUCUACGUAUCGCCCCCCUCCGCGAACCAAGGAGAUCCUCAUCAACCAGCAGGUGGUAAAGCUCAAAUACUGCUUCACUUGUAAAAUGUUCCGCCCUCCUCGGACCUCCCACUGCAGCCUCUGUGACAACUGUGUGGAACGAUUUGAUCACCACUGCCCGUGGGUGGGGAACUGUGUGGGCAAACGCAAUUACCGUUUUUUCUACAGCUUCAUCAUCUCUCUGUCUUUUCUGACAUCAUUCAUAUUUGGCUGUGUCGUCACGCACAUCACCCUGCGUUCUCAAGAAGGUAACAGCCUUAUUCAAGUCAUUCAAGAGAGCCCUGCAAGUGUGGUGGAGUUGGUGAUUUGUUUCUUCUCCAUCUGGUCUGUUCUGGGCCUCUCGGGCUUCCACACGUACUUGGUAGCCUCCAACCUCACAACAAAUGAGGAUAUAAAGGGCUCCUGGUCAAGUAAAAGGUGUACCGAGGAGUCUGGGAACCCGUACAGUUACAAUAAUAUUAUAACCAACUGCUGUGUGACGUUAUGUGGCCCAAUGCCCCCAAGUCUGAUUGACAGAAGAGGUUUCCUGUCUCUCGUUGAGGCGAUCCCUGCUGCGUCGGCCGCGGACAUAGAGCUGCCUCCCUUUCCGGCCAAGAAUGACGCCAACAUGUGCACUCAGAGCACCAAGGAUGUGCUGGAAAGGAUGGUCCACUCAUUUGACUCUCAUAGCCUGUGCCCCCCUGGAGCUCCAAAGACCACCCCUCUGGGCGUAGAGGUUUCCAGCACGGCAUCGCCUCCCACGGAGCCUUCCCCCUCCGCUGGCUGCUUCCGGCUGCACGCCCGCCAGCCUGUGGCUGCUCCAUGCCCCCCGCUCAGCAGGAGCAGCAAGAGGAGGGACUCGCUACACUCCAGCAACCCAGCCUUCCGCCUGGCUUCUCCCUCCCCGUCGUUGAGCCGCACUACGUUGAUUCUAGGCGAUGCACCUGACGUUGGCUUUAUCCCGCGACCUUGAGUACACCCAGUAACCAUAAGAGAACAGGAGGAGUCGCUCGUUGUCGCUUUUGCAUAGUGGUGGUCAUGCUGUGUGUUGCCGUUUGGUAUCUCAAGAUCUGAUGAGUUGAUUAAGCAUUACCUGGAGGUUUUUUUGUUUUUUAUGUUCUGUGAGUUUUAUCAACAAUGUCCUACCAUACUAUACGUGUCCUUCAGGAUGAAGGUAAAUCUUAGUAAUACUUUGAAGCACAAUAUAGAGAUAUUUUUUUAACACCUUUUUAUUAAGACACCCAGAACAUGCCUCCACACCUUUCCACUAAACCUCAAGCCAUACGUCACAGCCGCAGUGUUUAAGUUCUUGCUGAUAUAUUAUGCAAACAGGUCUUUAAAUCCUGGAACACGUACAGAAAGACUAGAUUUACUGAACUGGCAUGAAUAGCAUUCGCACUGAAUAGUGAGCCAUUUCAGAAUUAUCAACUCCAAAGUUGGCCUUACAUCAUGUCCCAUCAUUUCUUGUCAUAUUGACCUACAUCAUCCCAAUGUCAUCUGGUGUAACCAGCUUGACAGUAUUCAGAUUAAUGAGUUUGAAGAGGGAGCGCAAGGUGCAGUUUUUAUUUAAUUUCAGUGUUUGCUUGCUGUAUUUUGUAGUCAGUUCUGCAUGUUGUGUAUAUCAGAGGCUCUUUAGCUAUAUGGUACAUAUAUUGAGGUGUAUCACUCUAGGAGACUAACAUUGAAACAGGUAAAAGUGACUGAAUUUGUCCAGAUAUUUUUAACGUAUGACUGGGUACUUGUGAUGAAAGAAUUUCUCUCUAUAUUUUAUAAUUUCCAUAUUUUUCUUGCUUUCUUAUUUGUUGGGUGUCAAACCCAAGUAUUUAGAUCAAAAUCAAAUUUGCUGCUGCCCACCAAGGCUUGGAUUGCAGUAUUGAUCUCUGACACACUGUUUCCUAUUAAUGUGCUUUACUGGGAUGCUUUCAGUGAGCUUCUGUUUUUUGUUUUACAUGCUCAUUGUCAUGGCCGUGACCUUUUUGUCUUCUUGCUGGAUGAAACUUAACCCUCUGUCUGUGUUGGGGGAGUACAAUAAUAGUAAACGGCAGCAGGUAGUUUGUGCCACCAGGGGGCAGCAUGUGAAUACAGAUUGCAGCCCGGUCAGAGGACAGUUUAGUUACAUGACAACCAUUAGACGAAAGGCCUUUUGAUGUAUUAUUAUUAUUUUUUGUAAUGGAGCGUUGAAGCUGUACAUAGGUUGUGAGUUUGUGAAGAACCACGUUGCCAUAGUCAGUGGGUCGUUCAUUUAUCACUCUGCAUCAAGACCCAUAGGUUGUGUAGACAUUUGACAUUUACAAGCAGUGCUUGUAUGAACAAACUUGUUUGUUUGUAUUUUGUAGGAUGUAACAGUGGAACUGUAUCACAUGGUCAAUAAAAAUGAUCACCUGUGUUGAU